ACGCACAUUCCAUCGGUGCUCAGUGUGGUGACGCCAUUUCCAACACAAUAAUCCUAUUGCCAACUAUGUCUCUACCUUUUGAAGUCGUUCCAUAGUGAACCAUCGAGGAACGUACAUAUACAGGAACAAAAUCAAUUAGAGCAACCGACGAGAGAACAUUCAACCCAAGUCAAGAAUUGACCAAGGACUUGGCCGCCAACGCACUACUGGCGAGUGGCGAUCAGUCCGCUCCAACUUGGCCGUGGCACACCAACCCGAAUUCCCCCUCCGCCGUCGCAGUCCGGCGGCAUGAAACGUGGAGAGGACGGCGUCGCCUUGCACCGCAAGGAGCCGCGCCGUCACGACCAGAGACGAUGCGAGCGACCGAUCUGCUAGUGUCCCCGCCCGCACACCAGCCGCUGACCGGGCGACCCGUCGCGAGCGCACGUGCCGCGCCGCGGCAGCGAUGGCGGCGACGGCGAGCGAGCGAUCACUGCCCUGCCUCUUCCUCCACGGCGCCAGCGCCGGGGCCCACCUCAUCCUCGCGCUCGCCGUGGCUGGGAGCCGGCUCUUCCCCCGCCGCGGGAAGGACACGGCCGUCGCCGUGGGCGGGUUCCGGUGCUACGCGGUGGCGGCCUGCGCCACGUGGGCUCUGGCGGCGUUCCAGCUCCUCCUCGCCGCGUACUCCUGCUACCUGGGCGCCGGCGCCGGGUGGCCGCUCGACGCGGUGGUGGAGCAGGCGGAUGCCGCCGCGCGCGCGGUGGCGUGGCUGCUGCUCGCGGCGUACCUGCAGUUCGAGUUCCGCCGCGAGGAGCGGUUCCCCGCGCCGCUCAGGCUCUGGUGGGCGCUCUUCCUGCUGCUCUCGGUCGUCGCCGUCGCCGUGCACGCCGCGACGAGCCUCGACGGGCUCCCCGUGCCCGCGCGAUCGUGGGCGCUCGCCGCCGUCUCGGUCCUCGCGGCCGUGGUGCUGCGCAGCUCGACAUCGAGGCCGACAACGUCAAGGCCAGGCAGAGGCAGCUCGACAUCGAGGCCACCAAUGCCGCCACCAAAGCGAAGGAGGUGGCCCUUGCGAUCAUGA